CUUGAGCUGUGGGCCUAUCGUAUCAGAUGAGAUAUCAUACUGCCGGAAUGUUAUUCAAAAAAAUGCCCAUAAUCGUAAAAAGCAAUAUAGCAGUAGCACACAUAAGCCAGAAAUGCACAGCAUGAAACCGGAACUGAGCUCCGCUUCGAACAGAAAGAUUAAAAAUACUCCUACAGACGACGACGAAGAGGACGAAAAGAUAGGCAUAGAGCACAAGUUUGCGCUCGAUCUGCGCCUGGAGACGGGCAGCAAAGGUCGCCCAAAGCUGAUAAUGGGUGGAUAUGCGUUUUUCCGGAACAACAGCAGCAAUAACAAGACCUACUGGCUUUGCUCGAAAAACCGUAUGAUGAAAUGUCGGGCACGCAUCAUCACCUUGGAUGGGUGCUCUGGGAUGAUACUGAAAAACCAGGUUCACAACCAUCCCCCUACCGAGCAGUAAGGAUGACGGGUGCGUCGGGAGAAGAGAUGGUGGAAGAAGAUGACCCUUUGAUAAUCAUAUAUUUAGAAAUAGAUUUUUUAUCACUGUCAGAACCAGAUUUAUCCCGCCUGUAAUGAACUAGCUUCUCGGUAGGCCUGGAAAAAAAACCAUUGAACAGGAAGAUAUGGUUAGGAAUUUAUCUAUUUACAGUGACAUUUCUUAAGCUUCUGGAUUAUUUUGUUGAUUUGAAUAUUGAAGAUGCAUUCUAUAAGUUUGGUAACUACCCUACUAAUUAGUAAUUUUGCAUAAAAUACAGUCCUAAAAAAAUUCCAAAUCAGCAUAGGUUCCACUGAGAUUAGCUAAACAAUUGCGAAAUGUAUCAUGCGUAUUAAUUUCCGAAGCGAAUAAUUAAACAGAUGCAUCAUCUAAAUCAUGUAUAGAAACGAUUAAUAUUACGGUGUCGCCCAAUGGAAUUAGCAUUGAAAAGAGGUAUACUUGGCUUGGCCUGAAAGAGAAGCGUAACAGAAAAUCAAUAAAUUUAACGGUUUGCUUGCCCCCAGU